UUGUCGAGGACAAGUAAAAUGGAAGGCUUGUCAAGAUCCGAGCCCCGGAGGGGUGUGUGUCGGGUGGAGAGAUGGACUGACUGCGGGAGGGUGAGCGGUGCGUUACCACCCACUUUUACUCGAGAGGAAACCGGAGCCCUCCGCAGCCGAAGUGCAGCUGGAGGCCGAAUCUCGGUUUGGGGCUGCCCCGCCCCCGACCUCACACACCUCCCUGUCCAGUCGCCCGGGCUCCCGCCCUAGGUUUGCAGCGAUCGCGAGCCACACGCAUUUACUGAGCGCUUCCUGUAUGCAUAACAAGUGUUUAAGGGGCUGCGGGGGAUAGAAAGGUUGUAACUCAGGUUCCCUGACCUUCAUUUACGAUCCAGAGGGGUUCGGUAACCAGAACGCAGUGAAUAAUACCAGGUUGCAUAAUGUAGAGAGAUGGAGAGCAACGUUUCAUGUACGUCUUCUUCACUUAAGCCUCAUAACAGCUCCAUGAGAAUGGAUAGUUACGAUAUGGCUCUUACAGAUGAAAAAACAGACUCAAGAAGCUAACCAGAUGGGUCUUCAGUUAAGGAAGUUGAAACCUACCACCAGACACGUGCUUUAAGGUGCUUGAGAAAAAAUGCACAGAAUUCUUCAGAUUCUAGUUUUGAUAAGAAUAUGGAAGUAACGGAGAAACAUACUAAUGGCAGGCAUUUUACAAGGCAGUUGGCCAGACAGCAGGCUGAUAAAAAAAAAGAAGAGUGCAAAGAAGACAAAGUAAUUACAGUUACUCGGUCAUUGAGGACUAGAAACAUAGUUCAAAAGACAGAACGCUUGCAUGAAGAGAACGGUGAUGUUGAAGUUCGCCGAAGUUGCAGGAUUAGAAGUCGUUAUGGUAGCGUGAACCAGUCUGUACUAUUUGACAAACUUAUAACAAACACUGCUGAAGCUGUACUUCAAAAAAUGGAUGAUAUGAAGAAGAUGCGUAGACAGCGAAUGAGACAACUUGAAGACUUGGGAGUGUUUAAUGAAACAGAAGAAGGGAAUCUUCAUAUGUACACAAGAGGAAAACAAAAAGGUAUUCAAAGAACUGAUGAAGAAACAACUGACAAUCAAGAAGGCAGUGUGGAGUCAUCCGAAGAGGGUGAAGACCAGGAAGAUGAAGAUGAUGGUGAAGAUGAAGAUGAUGAUGAAGAUGACGAUGAUGAAGAAGAUGACGAUGAUGAAGAUGAUGACGAUGAAGAUGAAGAGGAUGGAGAAGAAGAUAAUCAGAAACGAUAUUAUCUUAGACAGAGAAAAGCUACUGUUUACUAUCAGGCUCCAUUGGAAAAACCUCGUCAUCAGAGAAAGCCCAACAUAUUUUAUAGUGGCCCAGCUUCUCCCAAAAGACCAAGAUAUCGAUUAUCUUCUGCGGGACCAAGAAGUCCUUAUUGUAAACGAAUGAACAGGCGAAGGCAUGCAAUCCACAGUAGCGACUCUACUUCAUCGUCCUCUUCUGAAGAUGAACAACACUUUGAGAGGCGAAGAAAAAAGAGCCGCAGUAGACCUAUCAACAGGUGCCUUCCACUAAAUUUUCGGAAAGAUGAAUUAAAAGGAACUUAUAAAGAUGGAAUGAAAAUUGGAGGAAGCCUUGCUGAUGUUGAUCUAAUGCAACUAGAUUCUUCAGUGCGAUUUGAUAGUGUUGGUGGCUUGUCUAAUCAUAUUGCGGCUCUAAAAGAGAUGGUGGUGUUUCCACUACUUUAUCCAGAAGUCUUUGAAAAAUUCAAAAUUCAACCUCCAAGGGGUUGUUUGUUUUAUGGUCCACCUGGAACUGGAAAAACUCUGGUUGCUAGAGCACUUGCCAAUGAAUGCAGUCAAGGGGAUAAAAGAGUAGCAUUUUUCAUGAGGAAAGGUGCUGAUGGUCUGAGUAAGUGGGUAGGAGAAUCUGAAAGACAGCUGCGAUUGCUAUUUGAUCAGGCCUAUCAGAUGCGCCCAUCAAUUAUUUUCUUUGAUGAAAUCGAUGGUCUGGCUCCAGUACGAUCAAGCAGGCAAGAUCAAAUUCACAGUUCAAUUGUUUCCACCCUGCUAGCUCUUAUGGAUGGAUUGGACAGCAGAGGAGAAAUUGUCAUCAUUGGUGCUACCAACAGACUGGAUUCUAUCGAUCCUGCUUUACGAAGGCCUGGUCGUUUUGACAGAGAAUUCCUUUUUAGCCUACCUGAUAAAGAUGCUCGAAAAGAAAUUCUAAAGAUUCACACAAGGCAUUGGAAUCCUAAACCACUGGACAUAUUUCUAGAAGAACUAGCAGAAAACUGUGUUGGGUACUGUGGUGCAGAUAUUAAGUCAGUAUGUUCUGAGGCUGCUCUGUGUGCUCUGCGUCGACGCUACCCCCAGAUCUAUACCACCAGUGAGAAACUACAGUUGGAUCUCUCUUCAAUUAAUAUCUCAGCUAAAGACUUUGAGUUAGCUAUGCAAAAGAUGAUACCAGCCUCCCAAAGAGCUGUGACAUCACCUGGGCAGGCCCUGUCCACCAUUGUGAAACCACUCCUGCAAAGCACAGUUGACAAGAUCUUAGAAGCUCUGCAGAGAGUAUUUCCACAUGUGGAAAUCGGAACUAAAAAAGCAUUAGACUCAGAUGUUUCUUGUCCUCUUUUAGAAAGUGACUUGGUAUACAGUGAUGACGAUGUUCCUUCAGUAUAUGAAAAUGGACUUCCUCAAAAAUCCUUUAAUAAGAGAAAAGAAAAUGUUAAUUUUCUUCAUUUGAAUAGAAAUGCUUGUUAUCAACCUAUGUCUUUUCGACCAAGAAUAUUGAUAGUAGGAGAACCAGGAUUUGGGCAAGGUUCUCAUUUAGCACCAGCUGUCAUUCAUGCUUUGGAAAAAUUUGCAGUGUACACAUUAGACAUUCCUGUUCUUUUUGGAGUCAGUGCUACAUCUCCUGAAGAAACAUGUGCCCAGAUGAUUCAUGAAGCUAAGAAAACAGCACCAAGUAUAGUGUAUAUUCCUCAUAUUCACUUGUGGUGGGAAAUAGUUGGACCAACACUUAAAGCCACAUUUACCACAUUAUUACAGAAUAUUCCUUCUUUUGCUCCAGUUUUACUACUUGCAACUUCUGACAAACCCCAUUCCACUCUACCAGAAGAGGUACAAGAAUUAUUUAUCCAUGAUUAUGGAGAAAUUUUUAAUGUCCAGUUGCCUAAUAAAGAAGAACGGACACAAUUUUUUGAAGAUUUAAUUCUAAAGCAAGCUGCUAAGCCUCCUAUAUCAAAAAAGAAAGCAGUUUUGCAGGCCUUGGAGGUACUCCCUGUAGCACCACCACCUGAACCAAAACCAUUGACAGCAGAAGAAGUGAAACGACUAGAAGAACAAGAAGAAGAUACAUUUAGAGAACUAAGGAUUUUUUUAAGAAAUGUUACACAUAGGCUUGCUAUUGACAAGCGAUUCAGAAUAUUUACUAAACCUGUUGACCCUGAUGAGGUUCCUGAUUAUGUCACUGUGAUAAAGCAACCAAUGGACCUUUCAUCUGUAAUCAGUAAAAUUGAUCUCCACAAGUAUCUGACUGUGAAAGACUAUUUGAGUGAUAUCGAUCUAAUCUGCAGUAAUGCUUUAGAAUACAAUCCAGAUAAAGAUCCUGGAGAUCGUCUUAUUAGACACAGAGCCUGUGCUUUAAGAGAUACUGCCUAUGCAAUAAUUAAAGAAGAACUUGAUGAAGACUUUGAGCGGCUUUGUGAAGAAAUUCAGGAAUCUAGGAAGAAGAGAGGUUGUAGCUCUUCCAAAUAUGCCCCAUCUUACUACCAUGUAAUGCCAAAGCAAAAUUCCACUCCUGCUGGUGAAAGAAGACCAGAUCCAGAGAAAAAUGAAAAGCUGAAGACCCCCAGUACUCCUGUGGCUUGCAGCACUCCUGCUCCGUUGAAGAGAAAAAGCCGCAGAAAGUCGAAGUGGUACUUAGGCACCAUAACAAAACGAAGGAGGAUUUCACGGGCAAAAGAUGAUGGCCAAAAUGUCGUAGAUGACAAAAUUGAGAAUGAUACAGAGGAAAAUCAAGACACAAGCGUAGACCACAAUGCGGCUGGAAACACACGGGAGUCUUCAAUGGAGGAAGCCGAAAAGCAGCAAAAUGACUCUGAAAGCAAAAUGGAAUUGGGAGAUAAUUAUUCAAGUACUUGUUUUGAAAAUCAACUUGAAGAAUCUGGAAAGACUAUAGCAUGUACAGAAUUGAGGAAAGAUAAGAUCACUUGCAAUGGAGAUGCUUCUAGCUCUCAGAUAGCAGAUACUUCUGGUGAAAAUGAAGCAAAAGAAAUGUGUGUUCUGCGAAUGACUCGAGCUAGACGUUCCCAAGUAGAGCAACAGCAGCUCAUCAGUGUUGAAAAGGCUUUGGCAAUUCUUUCUCAGCCUACACCCUCACUUGUUGUGGACCAUAAGCAAUUAAAAAAUCUUUUGAAGACAGUUGUUAGAAAAAGUCAAGAAUACAAUAUUUUUCAGUUGGAAAAUUUGUAUGCUGUAAUCAGCCAGUGCAUUUAUCAGCAUCGCGGGGAUUACGACAAAACGACACUUAUUCAGAAAAUGGAGCAAGAAAUAGAAAACUACAGUUGUUCCAGAUCAUGAUGUUAUGGUACCAAAUAUUCUUUAUAUUCCGUUCCUUUGUCAUGCUGACAUAACUGAUGCAAGAUGAAAUCCUGUAUCUUUAAGGAAAAGAUUAAAAUAGUAAAUAAAAAUAUUUAAACUUUUCUGGUAUUUAUGUACAUGUGUAAGAUAAAUUACAGAGAUAACUGAUAAAUAUUGGAAUUUUCAUUGAGUCACUGUAGUAUAGUAUUCCUGUGCUUAUCAGUAGUUAAAAUGUGGCCAACUCUUAAUAUAAAAGUUAUUUUGAUAACUAA